AUGGCGUCUAGCAGCGGGAUCCCCGAGGGUUUGAGUGAUUUCCUUAAGCAUGACAUACUCCAGAGACUCCAUGACAGACUUGUCUCCAUCUUGGAGAGGCAACCACUCGACAUCGAAAGGUUGCAGUUUGUUUGUAGUCAAGAGUUUGUUCUCUUAAGUGCUCUUGGUGAUUUUUUGGAUGUGGGAGAGCAUAUACUGACAGCGCUGGCAGAUUUAAAUUCUCUGAUUCUGCGGGAGAGAGAGGGAGAACAUACAUUUGUCACAGUGAAGUUAAAAACGGGUUCUCGUGGGCGUCCCCGAUUGGAUGUGUCACUCGAUACCAUUGAACGUUUAAUAGAACUUGGGCUGCAAUCAGCUUGCAUUGCCAGACUCCUUGGUGUGUCAAGAGCAACACUAUUUAGGCGAAUGGCUGAAAAAAAUCUAUCCAUCAUGGAAACGUACAGUAGCUGCAGUGAUGAUGAACUGGACUCAUUGAUAUCUGCAAUCAAAACUACAAUGCCAGAUGCAGGGUGCAGAGUUGUUAAAGGUGCUCUAUUAGCACAAGGACAUCGAGUGCAAUGGAAAAGAGUGAUUGCAGCGAUGCACCGGGUGGACAGUCUUGGGAUGCUCGCUAGGCUGGCUGCCUUUGGAUGUAAAGUGAAGAGAACUUGCACAGCCCCUUACCCGAAGUAUCUGUUUCACGUUGACACCAAUCACAAGCUCAUCAGAUACAACCUCGUCAUCUUUGGUGGAAUAGACGGAUAUUCUAGAAAGAUCAUGUACCUGAAGAUAGCAGACAAUAAUCGGUCUGACACUCACUUGGCCUUUUUCACUGAAGCUGUGAACGAGCACGGGUUUCCUCUCUGCGUGAGAGGAGAUCAUGGAGGAGAAAAUGUUGGGGUUGCAGAGUUCAUGUUCACAGCUCGGGGCACAAACACCAAUGGCUUCAUUGCAGGAAAAAGGGUACACAAUCAACGGAUCGAACGGCUGUGGCAAGAUGUUUUCAUGAGUGUAACUGGGAUGUAUGACAACGUCCUCCACUCUCUUGAGGACCUACAUCUGCUCGACACCAGUAACAUCGUGCACCUGUUCUGCUGCCACUAUGUUUUCUUGCCACGCAUCCAGGCCAGUCUGGAUGUCUUCAGUGAGGCAUGGGACAACCACCCCGUCAGAACAGAGCAAAACAUGACGCCAAAUCAGUUGUGGCAGGCGGGGCAGGUUUCUAGUCCAAUUGCAGAUCCUGGUCCCCAGGACUCCUCCAUUCCAGAGAUUGAAUGGGAGGAGAGUGGCUACAUGACUGAGAAUCAUUCUGGCGUCAAUGUUCCUGCUCUGGAAUGUCCCCUCUUACACCCCGAAAUGAUGGAACUACAGGACAAUAUUGAUCCAUUGCAACAUUCCAAUUGUUUUGGAGUGGACAUAUAUCGCAGCACUGUCCAAUAUGUUGAAAAUGUGCUUGAGGCAAGGCGAUAAAGUUUUUUUUUCUUUUUUUAAGCUGACCCACUGAUACCUGCAGUUCAGUUUUUGUAGAGUUUGGUCCGCACUGCCAACAGUACAUUGGAUUUAUUUCCACUGAGGGUUGGACUCUGCAAAGGCUGUCCUUUGUGACUAAUUCUAUUUAGAAUGUUAUGUGUUGAGAGGUGCCGGUUCUAUGAUCACGCUGGCCUAUGCAAUCACGUGGCGUCUUUAACCCUUUCACUACCGAUUUUUUUGUUUUUGGAUUUAGCUUAAUGUGGCUAUGUAAUGGGUUAUUGCACAGUAUAAAAACAGUUCAUAUAGAUAUGUUUUUCCUGAGAAAAAACAUUGUUCAAAUUUUUUUUUUUUAUAAUAAUAAACAUCAUGUUGGAAUUUUUGUGCAUACAGUUAACAUUUAUGCUUUCCUUAUUAUAGUUAAUGACCAGAAAGGAAAACUUCUGUGUGGUCAUCCUUUCUUUUGUCCUAGGCCACGUGGCCCCCAUGUAGUGUAUUUAUUUUAUUCUAUGUUCUAUGAUGCGUUCCUGCCUCUCCCAUCCUAUUGUUUGCCCCUGAAUUAAGAGGGUUGCUAUCACAGCAACUGGGGGAGCAGCUACCAACCUCCACAAAAGCUACAUCGAUUUCCUGCGUGUGGUGUACAUAAACAUAACAUCAAAUCUAACAGUAAGCAGUUACAAUGUACUUUACUGGAGUAUUUUCAAAUACGUUUUUUACUUGUACUAAAGUUAAAGAAUUCUUCCAAAAAAUCAUCAAACAAAUAUUGAACAAACGAGUUUCACAAAACUGCUUUAUUUUCGAAACAUGUACAAAU